AAAACAUAAAUAAAACGCAUUCAUUCCCCACAGAGCGGUCUUUGGCUAACCAUCGUUUACCCAUUUUGUUUAUUUCAUCACCAAUUUUCACAAGAUACUUCUGUGAUGUCAAUUGUAAAUAUCAUAAUUAAUUGGCAGCUAAUGUCAAAAGCGUGAAGUUUGGUGGCGGGAAUUGCACUUUGUUGAUUAUUUGGUAAAUUCGCCACGCUGCCUAGGUCCGUGAUCAAAGUUAUGAAGAUCAAACUGCCGCGAGACCGUUUCCCGUCGACUUCCUCGACGGAGGAUAACGAGAGCGGCACGGAUUGGGACGCGGAGGGUCGCCAUCCUGCCAUGACACACCCUCGCCACCCACCACCACCUCAGAGAAUGGAGAGCACAGACUGGAACACGGACAGCCGUCACCUCGCUAUGACGCACCAACGACACCCUCCACCUCCACAGGCGGUGAUAGUCGGCUCCGUCCGCAAGCGCCGUGGCAACCUUCCGAAACACUCUGUAAAGAUUUUGAAGAGAUGGUUGUAUGACCAUCGUUACAAUGCUUACCCCAGCGAUGCUGAAAAACUGGCGCUCAGUCAGGAGGCCAACCUUACUGUUUUGCAGGUCUGCAACUGGUUUAUAAACGCUCGGCGACGUAUCCUCCCGGAGAUGAUCAGACGCGAAGGUCACGAUCCCCUUCACUACACCAUAUCACGGCGUGGCAGGAAGCAGCCAGGCGCUAUGGCAGGAGUCGGACCUAUGGUGGGAUUAGGUGGAGCUUCCACGUCAGGGCUCGGUGUCACACCCGGAGAUAGUGUCACGGUAGCAGCAUGGGAUGGAAUUGUUGUUGAGAAUGGACCAGACGGACGAGCGCAUGACUAUGGAGAUGGCCUGCUGGUCUACCGCAGUGACGGUGACGAGCUUGGAGAUGGAGAGGAGGGCUACUCCAGCACCAUCAGCGAGGAGGAGGUCAAAUACGAUCCCUCCGUCUGGCAAUCCGUCAUACGGUAUGGACCAGAAGACCACGACCUGCAUCCAGCCGCUAGGGAUACGGCAUCGAUGGUGACAGUGUCGACGUCGGAGGAGAUGGUGGAGCAGGUCCCGGAGCCGGUGUCGAGCAGUGAGGACGGGUGGCAGGCGCUGGCGCACCCGCAGCUGGCGCACCUGCCGCAGCUGCCGCACCCGCUGCGCGCGCGCCGCAUGCAGGUGAGCCCGCCCCCGCGCCGCAUGCAGGUUAGCCCGCCCCCGCGGCGCAUGCAGGUGAGCCCGCCCCCGCAGCCGCCGCCGCCCGUCGCCGUCGAGCUGGAGGUGGCCACCACCGACAUGUGGUGCCACACCUAG